CCGCUGCCAAAAUAAAGUUAGGCACACCCACCAAAGGUAGCCAAUGCACGAGCGCGAAUCUUCUACAACACUGCGAAACAAAUCUAGACAGUCUGAGUAUUAGACAAUAUGGUGCUUCCGAAGUCCAAGAACUCCGUGGGGCUGGGAAACAGCCUCAUGAAUGACCGAUUCGGGAACAACAAAGGAUCGGAUAUGCGAAGAGGAAAUCCCAAAGAAGGCAUACGACGAACAGAUCAGAACGGAGAUACUUAUGUUUCCGUUGCAAAGAAAGAGGCAUCAUGGGUGAAAAUGCGCAGUGUCACCGAGCAAGCUGACCUUGAUGAAUUUCUCAGCACCGCGGAUCUGGCCGGCACAGAUUUCACGGCGCAAAAGAUGAAUAACGUUAAGAUCAUUCACAAAGAUCAGAAGAACCCAUACCUGUUAUCAGCUACAGAGGAACACGCCACCAUAAAAAAGCACAAGGAGAACAAGAAGCGCCUGACUGUGCCGAGGCGACCGGCAUGGGAUGAGAAGACCACGCCACAGGAGCUGGACUCCAUGGAAAAAGCAUCCCUCAUGGAUUGGCGAAGAGGUCUUGCAGAGCUACAGGAGAAUAACGACCUUCUUAUGACGCCAUUCGAGCGGAAUCUCGAAGUGUGGCGUCAGCUAUGGAGAGUCAUCGAACGUUCGGAUCUAGUGGUACAGAUUGUAGAUGCUCGCAAUCCUUUACUGUUCCGAUCGGAAGAUUUAGAAAACUAUGUAAAGGAGGUGGAUCCCAAGAAGAACAACUUGCUUCUGGUCAACAAAGCCGAUAUGAUGACGCUAGAACAGCGACAAGCCUGGGCCAACUACUUUCAGUCUGCCGGAAUAAAUUACAAGUUCUUUUCCGCAGAAUUAGCGAAAGAGUUGAAUGAGGCCCGGGAGAUGGAAGAGGGAAACGAGAGUGACUACUCAGGGUAUGGUGAACAACAAGAAGCAGACGCCGACGAACUCGCAGAACAAACCAAGAAAUUAGACGUAGAAUAUGAAGCAGGCGAGGAUAAGGAAUUGCUGCGUGAAGAAGAUAUUGUGGACAGCCCGGAAUUGGACGAUGAUCCGACACGGAUAUUGACAACUGAUGACCUGGAAGCACUAUUCCUGAAACACGCACCGGAUGUGGACACUGGACCAGAUGGGCAGAUACGAAAGACUUCAAUCGGGCUUGUCGGAUAUCCGAAUGUGGGCAAAUCGUCUACUAUCAACGCACUUAUCGGUGCGAAGAAAGUGUCGGUGUCCGCGACGCCUGGAAAGACAAAGCAUUUCCAGACCAUUCAUCUUAGCGAUGAGGUUAUACUAUGCGAUUGUCCGGGUCUGGUGUUUCCAAACUUUGCCACUAUAAAAGCCGAGCUUGUCUGUAGCGGUGUAUUGCCAAUCGAUCAGCUGCGAGAGUUUACCGGUCCAGCAGGACUGGUGGCACAUCGCAUCCCUCAGACAUUCCUUGAAGCCAUAUAUGGUAUGAAGAUUCAAACAAGGCCACUGGAAGAAGGCGGUACUGGGGUACCCACAGCAGAGGAAAUGUUAAGAGCUUAUGCAACUGCUAGGGGCUUCUCAACUCAAGGUUUGGGUCAACCCGAUGAAUCAAGAGCUGCGCGUUACAUCCUCAAGGACUAUGUCAAAGGGAAGUUGCUUUACUGCCAUCCGCCUCCAAGUGACCCUCCCAUCGAUGGACGACAUUUCAAUCGCGACCUCUACGAUGAAGAACAUCUGCCACAAAAGAGAAGGGCAGCGUAUGCGAUUCACGCAGAUGGCUCGAUGGCUGGCUCAGAAGAUCCCUCGUUGAUUGAUGGUCCUGAUCUAGAACCACUGCCUCCUGUCCAGGGCGAGAAGUCCAAGGGGAUUGACAAGAGGUUCUUUGCGCCUCAAGGCAAUGCCGGGCAUUUCACAGUUCCAUCGAACUUGGCCAAUGGGAAACAGCUCACAGGUCGCAAACAAAAGACUAUGAUUGCAUUGGAACGUGACGUGGAUCCAGCUGAUCUCAGGCUGAACAGCAAGAAGCACUUCAAAGGCAACAAGCGUGCUCUACAGAAGAAGAGGGCCACUUAUGACGAGUAGUGUAGAGGCCUGGUUUUAUGCACUGUCCGAGAGCGACAGGAGUUCGUAUUACUAUUCGAAGUGUACAGGUACAGUGAAGCUAUUCUGCUCAUGGGUAAGGAACGAAGAAGAGUGCAUUCAGAGUCGCAUUCAUGGCGUUCCCGAGGGCAUACUGUAGAUACAAAGUCGCAAAUGGUCGCAAGCUGCCUCGCAUAUCCAACGAAGCAUAUUAUCGAUGAUCCGCCCAAUGACCAUUCCAGACUAGACUUAUGUGGCGGCCCGUGUGGUAACUAACCGUAUGCGGACAAGCGAGGCAUACCUAUGUAAUUAUGUAUAC